AUGGCCAACCUGGAAUCCCGGAAGCACAUCUCCCCCGACUCGGGGUUCCCCAUCACCAUCCACCCGUCGUACAACCCAAAGAUCAAUUCCCACGUACCACCGGACCCUAUCAGGGAGGAGAUCGUCCCGCCAAAGGACCGCGCCUUCUUCGCCGACCCCGAGAAGAAGGCUCUCUUCUCGGUGGCUAACAGAGUUGACCUGACCGAGUCCAUCGGGACCGUUCUUGAAAACGUCCAGCUUUCGCAGUUGGACAAGAACCAGCUCGACGAACUGGCUGCCCUAGUGACUGAGCGGGGUGUAGUCUUCUUCCGGGAUCAGGAUCUCACGACCGAGGGGCAGGUUGAGCUGUUUGGCCACUAUGGCAUUCUUGACAGGCAUCCAGCCCAAAAGCCAUCUGGAGAGUGGCAUGCCGACACAUCGUUCGAGAUAAACCCGCCAUCCUAUUCACUUCUUCGAAUGGAGGAGCACCCAAAAGUUGGUGGUGACACGGCUUGGAUCUCGCAAUACGGAACGUACGACGCUUUGAGCAAGGCACUGCGCGGCUUCGUCGACAACUUACACGCCGUUCACACCUCCAGACUGCAAUAUGAGACCAUCCUCGACUUGUGGGGUGUCGGUCCGAACCGUCCCCCGAUCGACACCCACCACCCUGCAGUCCGAACUCAUCCUGUAACCGGGCUCAAGGCUUUGAAUAUCAAUACCGGCUUCGUCACAGGAUUCGCCGAGCUGAAGAAGAAGGAAUCUGACAAGCUUCUCGAGUUCUUCGAGCUUCACCUCCACUCGGCCGACGACCACUAUGUCAGGUGGAAAUGGUCUGUAGGAGAUGCGGCCAUGUGGGAUAAUCGAUGUGCUGCUCACCGAGUGAUCCCUGGCACGUACAAAGAGAAGAGAACCGGUGUUCGAACGACCGUCUUUGGCGAGAAACCGUAUUUUGACCCCUCGAGUGAGAGUCGAGAUGAGCGAGCAGAGCGCCUCCAGAGGGAAGGGGCAGGAAUCAAGAAGUCUGAGUAG